AUGUCUUUGACCUCAACCAUCCCGCAAUCCUUCUUGAACGUGCUUAGAGCUCCUACCGCUUCCAGUUCCUUGGCGCAAGAGGAAGCCAGCAUCGCAACUGCCUCCGUCUGGGAUGGAUGGCUGGUACUUCAGACUGACCUUAGAGUCUUGGGUAGCUACUGUCCCCCCAGUAAGGCCUUUCGAGAGUUCCAAGUUCUCAGCGUCAAGCAGCUCUACUUCAUCGUUCAUCGGCUACUUUUCCUCCGCCGUUACUCAGUCACUAUUCUAAGCCUCAAAUUUCCGAGUUUCGCCUACAUCUUGCACUUACGGUACUUCGAAGCUCUUCAUGAUGAGCUGCUUCAAAUCUGUAAAUACAGAGACAAAGGGCGCCAAGCGCCAGAAACACCUUUCUGUUUCGACGACGACGACGACGAUGGUCCGGCGAAUGGCGGAGUUCGCCUAGCAAGUGCCCCACAAGCAGAGCCCGACAUUUUCGAUGAGUCUAUAGAGGACAUGAUUGAGGAAAGUCGUCGCGACGUUCAUGGCAGUGGUAAGGCUCCAACUUCGUCAUACCAUGGCAACAACGAGAUGGACGAUCUCUUUGUUUCCAGAGAGGAGCGAGUUCAGAACGCUGAGCUAUCUCAUGACACCGAUGUACUCAUCAAGUCUGAGGAGUCUGACGAUGACUUUGAUCUGAUGAUCAUCGACCAGGGUGAAGCAUCAUCAAAAGCGCGAGAGGAAUGA